AUGUGGGGGAGACUUAAAGGUGAUGUUACCACUACCCUGUCAAGCAAGAUUAAUUCGCUGGGAUAUCCAUGUCAGUCUAAUGAUGCAAAUAAAAUUUGGGUGACUAUGACAGAAACCAUUCGAAAAGUGGCAAAAGAGACUUUGGGGGUGUCGUCGGGCAAACCAAAAGCGUAUAAAGAGUCGUGGUGGUGGAACGAUGAGGUGCACAGUAAGAUAAAGGACAAAAACAAGAGAUUUAAGGAAUUUAUGACAUGCAUGGAGGAGGAGGAUAGGAUACAAAAAAGAGAGAACUACAAAGAAGCAAAGUGGGCGGCAAAGAAAGCAGUAGCAGAGGCGAAAAGGCGUGCCUAUGAGGACUUCUAUCAGAAGCUUGGUACCAAAGAGGGGGAGAAGCAUAUUUAUAGGUUGGCAAAAAUCAAGUCUAGGCAGCAGCAAGACUUAGAGACAGUGAAAUACAUCAAAGCUUGGUACCAAUUUGGUUUCAUGCCAGGAAGGUCAACUACUGAGGCUAUUCAUUUUUUAAGGAGACUGAUGGAAAAAUACAAGGAGCGGAAGAAAGAUUUGCAUAUGAUGUUCAUCGACUUGGAGAAAGCAUAUGAUAGCAUACCAUGA